GCCGGAUGGUGCUGUGCCAGGCGACGUCUUGGUUCUGACUAAGCCUCUGGGCACGCAGGUGGCUGUGAACGCUCACCAGUGGCUUGAUCAGCCUGAAAGGUGGAACAAGAUCAAGCUCGUCAUCACCAAAGAGGAAGUUAAAGAGGCCUAUCAGGAAGCCAUGUUCUCCAUGGCAACGCUAAACCGCACAGCGGCGGGCCUAAUGCACAAGUUCCAGGCCCACGCCGCGACAGAUGUGACAGGUUUCGGGUUGUUAGGUCACGCAAACAACCUGGCAGCACAGCAACGAAAUGAGGUGGCCUUCGUCAUCCACAACCUACCAAUCAUAGCCAAGAUGGCUGCCAUCAGUAAGGCCUGUGGAAACGUGUUCAACCUGGUUCAGGGCACGUCAGCAGAGACUUCUGGUGGGCUGCUGGUGUGUCUGCCCAGAGAGCAAGCGGCCAAGUUUUGCUCUGAGAUGAAGAGCCAGAGCUCUGGAGCUGCAGGUCAGGGGGCGGCGGGCGGAGCGUGGAUAAUCGGAAUUGUAGAGAAAGGCGACCGCCGCGCUCGCAUCAUCGACAAGCCCCGCAUUAUCGAGGUUCCCCCACGUGGGAGCCAGGCAGCGAAUCAGGACAACAGCACCACCAGCCCCGCUCCCAGCCCCAAUCUGUCAUAGACACUGUGUGUGUGUAUGUGUGCACGCGUGUGUGUGUGUGUGUGUGUGUGUGUGUGCGUGUUGAUGCUGCUGUCCAUCUCGUCUCUUUUCAGUCAAAAUGCUGAGAGCACACAGACCAAAAUGGCCGUCAUCCAGUGGGAGAGGGAAUGGACAGCAUACACUUUUAUUUAUCCGCCUUUGGAAAGGAGAUGGAGAGCUGCUGAAACAAGGAGAAACAAAUUUAAAUUCAGGGUAGAAUGCUGUCCUACCCCACCCCAUCCUUUUUUAUUUACAUCUGCACUCCCUGCCUUUCCUCCCCUGCCCCCUCUCUUAAUCCAUACAGUAAAGUGACUUUAUAUAAUUUAUCUGAAUGCAAAGGUUUCUGGAAAGAAUUAGUUUCAAUUCUAAAGAAAAAACAUUCCAAAUCAUUCUUGCCACUGAAAAAAAGUGUAAAUGUGUGUGUGUGUUUGACUGGGGUGAGGAAGUGGAAACAGUUUUUUGUCGACUCUUUGAUUUGAAAGUGGAUGAUGUUAUUGUCGAUGAAUGUAUCAUGUGAAAAAAAAUGGUUCAUCAGUCCUGGCAUCUGGCUCCGCCCACACAGCCCAUAGGAAGGCUUGAGCAGCUUCCUUUGGGCCGGCCAGGUGGCGUUCAGAAUGUCCUUCUGUGUCAGCUUGACUGGCCGUCCAGCAACAAGUCCGUCCCACCCUUCCUUUUUAUGAAGCUCUGCCUUUUAAACCCCAGCUAACGGGGGCAGGCGGAGUGGAUGUUGGCCUUUGGAUCGGGGUCGGACUGAGGUUGCUGGAGGUCUGAAGCUGUCUGUGUUUGUAGAUUUCCUGAUUUUCAAUCAAUAAAACCAUCAUCAACUCGCACUGAAA